CUGGUCCCGGGCCACGUACAAACACGUGUGAGGUAGUCUGCGAGACGGUGUGCUUACACAAUGCCCAGUCAAGGCCGAAGAUUAAAUGAUAAGAGUGCAGGCAUAGCAGUUUUAAGAGGAGCAUUUUUACUAUGGAAGGAAUUGAAUAGUGUAUCGAACAGUUUAAAAGGCGUUGAGGUUUGUCGUGCCCUGAAUUGGUGACAUUUUGACGCAAUGGGGAUAUGUUCAAGGCGCAGUUCCAUGGAGGAGACCACCAAAGAAUUCAACUCCAACGGCUGCUUCAUCCUACUGAUGUCGUUCAGCGUCGUUGCGCAGUGGGGAGGUGUGUUUAAGAGUCUGGGAGUGCUUCUUCCCGCGUUGACUGAUCAGUUUACCGACCACGUCUGGUUGACCGGAAUAGCCGUAUCGGUCAUGGCAGUAUCAGUCGACAUAGCUGCUCUGUUCAGCACACUCUUUGAAGACAAGUUCGGCAGUCGACGGAUGAUAAUUCUGAGCACGCUCAUGGUUGGUGUGGGAUUAGUGCUGGUUCCACUAGCUACGAGUAUCAUACACAUCGCUGUUAUUUUAGCCGUCGUUGUUGGCCCAGGCGUGGGGAUCGGCAUUGUUCUAAGUAAGGCUACUCUGGGACGUUCCUUCAGUAAGCGGUACAGUCUGGCCAGUGGAAUAAGCCACACGGGACAAGUACUCUCUUUGCUUGCUUUUGCACCAAUGGUGCAGCUUUUUCUCGAUACCUAUGGCUGGAGAGGAGCCACCUUGCUUCUUGCCGGGGUUUGCUUUCAUCCAGCAGUCUGUGCUAUACUUGCCAGAGAAAAACAACCACAUUACGAGCUACCAGUUGAUCAACAUGACCAGCAGGAACCAAACAGCACCUGUAGGGUCUGCCUCAGAUCUUGUUUCACUCGUGCAUUGUCAACUCUGGAUCUCCGAAUACUUCUUCGGUUUAAUUUCUGGGUAGUUUUCAGUUGCAUGUUUGGGAUUCGUUUCGUAAAUACCGCUUGGUUCCUGUUUUACGUUUCUAAUCUUCAAUCCAAGGGUUUCUCACCCCAAGCGUCUGCUGCGAUAUGCUCGGCUUCGGGCGUCGGUUAUUUUUUCGGAUGCGUCCUGUUUGCGCCUUUUGUUGAUAGAGGCCUCGUGAAGUGUUCGACAACAGUGAUAAUAAGCAGCCUGGCACUGAGUCUGUCGCUUGUCUUAGAUCCAUGGUUAAAGGACACACUGAGUGUGACCGUAUUGACCGUUUUAUACGGUCUGUCCUCAUCAUCGCUGUUUACCUUAAUUGAUGUGCUUACCAAGGAACUAUUAGGUAGAGACAGACUGACAAGUGCGUUCUCGUGGAUUGGAUUUCUUGGAAUGCUGGCAAACGUCCUCGGGGGAUUUUUACCAGGUUGGAUAUACGACACGACCGGCAGCUAUGACCUGACGUUCAUCAUUAUGGGCAUUACACCAGCUGUAGCUCUCAUUCCCCUGGUCAUUGGAAGAAUCACGAAACGGGUAUGAGAUAUGGAAAAGGCACUGAAAAUAAAUUGGUUAACAAAUUCUCAAAUUGAAAAGGACUAAAACUGCCGCAAACUGCUUAUAAUAUACUGACUGGAUUGACGUUAAAUAUAUUAAUGAACAAAAUGAGAGGGCGUAACAUUUCAGAUCCGAGCAUGACCUUUCUGAAAGACAAAAUUACAGUAGUUCACAAACAAAAAAACAAAAAAACAAAAAAACACCCCAACACCCCAACAAACAAACAAACAAACAAACAACAAACAAACAGGGGGCCGGACGAACCAAAGGAGUGUGGCAGUAGGUAGUGAUCAAAGGGGAUGAAGGGUUGGGGCAGGGACGGUCGUGCUGUUGGGUGAUGAGGGAGAAUGGGAGCGGGUGAAGAGCUAGUGGGUGAUGCAGGGGAAGGACCAAAGGACUGUGGCAGUGGAUUAAGUUACCGCGGAGGACAACAAAAGAGGUGAUAUCCCCAAGAUGGUUAGCCAGAAGGAUAACCUUUAACAAAUGACAAUCGGGGGGGGGGGGUGAAAAGAUUAGUCCUUCCCUUCCUGGAUGUUGAGUCCGAGUAAUUGAAUAGUCCGAAGACGCUUCAUCCACACUUUCUCAUAGCAUUGUAGGCCUAAUAACAGAAGCAAAAAUUAGAAAAAC